AUAGUUGAAUUUAAAAGUAGGCAUUUUAUAUCUAUUUCGUAAUUCCUAGAAUGAUCUAGAGAGCGAAGGGAUGGAUGCUAGGGAGAGAACUGAGGAUGUGAACCUUCAGAAGUUGUCCAAUAUGCAAAGUGACAUGGAAGAAAAUGCUAAUGGAACCGUAUAUACCGCGCUCCCACCAUCUGGUGUAUACACAGAUGUGAAUGUUGUGGACUACAAACAUUCCAAUUUCUGUACUAAUGAAUAUCGAAGACAAAACGCCAGCUAUGAGCAGAAUCAUCUUGACAAAAGCAAAGAAGGUGCCUUCGGCUACUGUAACUAUGCUCCAUCCCAGGCUUUCACUGGAAAUUGCGAAUCUGAUUUCUGUGACUGUCCAACUACUAGCAAAAAGGCAGCUAGUCAAAAUUAUGCAGUCGACUCUUGCUGCUGUGACCCAAACCAGCCAGAGUUUCAAUAUACCAAUCUAGGCAAUAUAACAAAUAACUUAAAUAUAGAUCGUAAUACUGCUGGAAUGGUUGGCUUCGACCCAGACCGUAAUAUGACUUCAUCUUUGGACGGUCAAGAAUAUGAUGGGCUACACAAUGCGAAUCAAAGUGCACAGACAUUUUAUUCAGACCCUUCAUUGAUGUCUUAUCAUGGAAUGAUGAAUACAGAUCAGUUAAAUGAUUGCCCCUUCCACAACAUGGACGGUUAUAGCGGUGACUUUUCAUUUUCGGGUGGAAGGGGCAAUAAUUUUAAUCAUUUCCCAAAUGGAACUCUCAUGGACAUACAUAUGCCUGGAGCCAUGCCUAAAUCAAGUCCUUUCUAUGGUGCAGAAUCGCCGUCACAAGGCGACAAUUAUGAUGUCGGCGGGUUAUUUCCCGAUGUGUGUGGCACCCAGCAGAGCGAGUUUUACGGUUUAGGAAACGGACACGCUAUGCACGCUCUGCACGGGCUGCCCUACCCAACGUGCCAAACAAACUAGUUCCAGCAGAUACACAAGUGUUAAUUGUUAGAUCAGUAGCGAUUUGUUAACUACGGAAAUUAAUAGCCUAUAGUUAAGAAAGAUAUAAGGACAUGUAAGAAAAACACAGAAUAAAUUCAAC